AUGGGAUCGCGUCCUGGUUCCAGUUGGUUGUUACAUACCACUGCUAGUCGCGAUGUCAAUUCCGUAGAACACGACACCCAUGGCCUACGACGCAAGGCGUUCGGACGGCAACUCAAACGCGUCAUUAGACUGUGGAACCCACUGGUGAUACGUACCCAUGAGGCAGAGGCCGACACGUAG